GUCUGAUGCCUGCUCGUUAACACGUAUCAUUCACUUGCACGGUGUCCCACCACCUAUCUCGGAUGAAACACUAAAAGCUGUUGCAUCACGAUGGGGUGAAAUCGUAAAUUAAUCUAGUGAAACUCUACCAGGUAACCAGUUUAAGCAUGUUAUAACCGGUUCUCGUCGUCUAGUAGUGAGAUUCGCUAAUGAGCAAGCAAUUGACACGGUUCCGGUGUCUAUUAAUAUUCAAGGUUUCAGAGUGAUGGUUGAUUUAAGGGGUCGUAAGCGAACGUGCUUUCGCUGUGGAGCGGAUGACCAUUUGAAACGAGAUUGUUCUGCAGUUAAAUGUGCAUCAUGUCGUCAGUUUGGUCAUGAGAACUGCAAUCAGUCACCUUCAUACGCAAAUACUGUAAAAUCUCGCAAAGAAUAUCCCAAUAGUCGUGGACAGCGAGCUGUAACAAAUACAAGGUCUUCAGUGAGUACGGAACAUCCAGAUACGUUGGUAAUUUUAAGUUGUGAUAACAACGGUAUGGUUCCAUUGCCGGUUCAUGUACAGCAGGAUGCUGAUGGUUUUCAGGGAGGAAAUGCUGUACAUGAGAAUAAUACAACUUUAGUUGCAGCGGAAAACAUUGAAAUGGAAGAGAUAACUAAUGUUCAUGUCCUUUCAGAUACAGGUAGUGAAACGGACGAAGUUUUUGAGAGUGUUUCGCAAGGUUCAAAACACGAUCCAAAUAGUCCGCAUGUCUCUGAACAUCCAACACUAAGUGAACAGCAGCAGGAUGAGAUACGUAUCAUGCAAGAACAUAACAUGACUAUGUCAUAUUAUCAACAAGGGUAUGGUAAUUUUAAGCGUAGCCUAGAUGAAUCGAAUUUGGUCACGGUGAAGAAGCAAUCCACUGGGAAAAAGAAUCACUGGUCAAGUGAUGUUGAGGAAGAGCAGCCUCCCUCAGUUUAG